ACCUCCGUCCGAGUGAGUGACUCGCAAUUUUGUGUACUUAGAUUUUGGGUUGUUUUUAGUCUAAUAUCUACAACCAUGGCUGACGGGAAUCUUGCUUUUGAGGGUCGCAUUGUCAAAAUGGAAGUGGAUUACAGUACUACAUGCGAUGAGAAGAUUCCAGAAUGUAAAAAGAUGGCACAAGAAGGGAAAAUGCAUGAUGCGCUUGACGCUCUCCUAGCUCUGGAAAAGCAGACUCGAACGGGUGCUGACAUGUUCUCGACCGGUCGCAUACUUAUCGCCAUCGUUCAGAUAUGUUUUGAAGCCAAGAAUUAUGCGGCGCUGAAUGAACACAUAACAUUGUUGGCCAAGCGAAGGUCGCAGCUGAAGCAGGCAGUAGCUAAGAUGGUACAAGAAUGUUGCUCUUAUGUUGAUUUGAUGCCCUCCAAGGAACUAAAACUCAAGUUGAUUGAUACUCUACGCAGUGUCACUGAAGGAAAGAUUUACGUGGAGGUCGAGCGAGCUAGGCUUACUCACAAGUUAGCCCAGAUGAAAGAAGAAGAAGGAAACAUAACAGAAGCGGCCAACAUCAUUGAAGAGCUCCAAGUUGAAACUUAUGGCUCUAUGGAGAAACGUGAAAAGGUGGAGCUGAUCUUAGAACAGAUGCGACUGUGUUUGGCCAAGAGUGAUUAUAUCAGAACUCAAAUCAUCUCAAAGAAGAUUAACACAAAGUUUUUUGAAGAUGAGACUACAUCUGAUCUGAAACUGAAGUAUUACAAGUUGAUGAUCGAGCUGGACUGUCACCAAGGGUUUUAUCUUGCAACGUGUAAACACUACCGUGCAGUGGCCGCUACGCCAAGUGUGCAAGCGGACGCAGAGCUGCGCAAGACAGUCGCACAGAAUGCUGUGCUGUACCUGGUGUUGGCGCCGUAUGACAAUGAACAGAGCGACUUGACACAUCGUGUUCUAGAGGACAAGGUCAUGGAAGAGAUCCCAUCGUACAAGGAGUUACUCCGUCUGUUCAUUAACCCGGAGUUGAUCAAGUGGUCAGGCUUGUGUGAGGUUUACGAGAAAGAAUUGAAGCAAGGCUCGGCCACAGUGAAGGCGACUGAGGUGUUUGCAAACAACGAGGACGGUCGUAAGCGCUGGAAGGACCUGCGGAGUCGGGUGGUCGAACAUAACAUCCGAGUAAUGUCCAAGUACUACACCCGGAUUACACUGAAGCGGAUGUCAGAGUUGUUGGAUCUGCCGAACGAGGAAACUGAGGAGUUUCUCAGUGAGAUGGUGGUCAACAAGACGGUGACGGCUAAGAUUGACCGGCCGGCCGGAGUGGUCAGUUUCCGCACCAUCAAGGACCCGAGUGACGUGUUGGACGACUGGGCUAGUGGACUCGACUCUCUGAUGUCACUUGUCAACCACACGACCCAUCUCAUCAACAAAGAGCAGAUGGUGCAUCGCCACCUCAUAUCUUAGUAGUGGAAUGAUCCAACCAUUUGUGUGGUAAAAAUAAGUUAUUAAAUUGAUUUGAUAUUUUUGCA